UUAACGUUUUACAUGCUGAGAGACUGUCGUCGUGUGAGGCCACUCAUAAAAAAAACAACUGUCACUUUUUCGCGGCAACAAAUUUUGGUUUGACGUUUCUGCGUUUCCCGCGUAAUCUUUUGAUUAAUUUUUAGUGUGGUGUUUAUGUGUCAGGAUUUUUUGGCUAGUGCGACGGCCGUGUGGAGUGUGGGACGUGUUGUGUGUGAUGUACUCUGCCGCUCUAGGUCUUGAGAGUGCAGCAUGAGGGGCAGCAUCUGUCAGAUUUUGCUGUUGGCGCAUGUCGCCUUUGCGAUUACCGGACCAAGGAUAGAAAAUGAUUUCGAUCGAAGCAGACAACCUCCGGCGGAUCAUCCUGGAUUCAACGAACAUCAAACGAGAUUUGGAAUCAACUCACCGCUUCAAAACUUCCAGCAACAACCCUUACUGACCAGCCCUCCGCCGCAGACUAUACAAUUCCAACAAUCUAUCUUUCAACAAUCACAACAUCAACAAUCACCGCAACAUCAUCCAUUGCCACAAAAUCAACAAGCCUAUGUACAACAAUUUGGAAAUGUAGGACCCCCUCAAGGUAUCCCAAGUAAUAUUCAAAAUUUACCGAGUAAUAUACCAAUCGGUAACACUCACAACUUGCAAUUCAAUCAAAAUCCUAAUGGUAACCCAAAUCUUAACAAUUAUCAACAACAAAACCUGAGACAAUUAUCUCAACAAAAUCAUAAUAUUCUUCCACAAUCUAUACCAACUCUCGCUUCAUUCCAAAAUAAUUUGCCUUUAGCGCAAAAUGCACCUGUUUUUAACUCAAACCCCAAUAUUCAAGGCAACGGACUAAAUGUCGCACAACAAAGACCAACCCAACCUGCUUUUCUUCCAACUCCUUCAUCAUCACAAAAUCAACCAAUUUUCGGUCAGCCCAGUCCGAUCACAAUCCAGACCGCUCCGAACCUUGCCCCACAAAACUUUAAUUUCGAAAAUUCCCAACUACCUUUCCAGUCACAAUUGAAUCAGGCGCCGAUAUUUUCGAACGGCCAAACGACUUCCCAACUCCAAAGUUACUACGAACAACAGUCAAAAGAAAAUUUAGAGAAACUCAAAGAGCUUCAAGAGAGACAACGAAUUAUUCAAAAGCAUCAAGAGUUUGUAGAGAAACAACAACAAAAGGAACAACAGAAAGUAGAGAAGUUGCAUGAAGAAUUUCUUACAAAACAAGCGACAAAGACUGUACCAACAUUAGCUACAACUGAAAGUUAUGAUAACUUCUACAAUCAAAAUCAAGAAAGACACAGACCGCUUCUCCCUCACGAGACUGAUUUAUUCAGGAAAGCACUUGAGUUAUACGAAAAGGAACAUCCGACUACGACUACAUCAACUACAACAACCACUACUACAACUACAACAACAGCUCGUCCCCCACCCAGGUACAGAUCCAGGACCACUUCAAGACCGAGAAGUCCGCCACAAGACCGAAAUAAACAGAAACUUUACAACGAUAUAAAGAACUUGCUCGAGGAAAGUGAGACCAAAGGUUUUGACGAGAAUCUACGCGCAAAGAGUGUAGAGUUACUUCAAAAACCAGAUAUUCUAAAACAACUGAAAGUAGCUUUAGCCGAAAAUCCGGAAGACUUCAACGAGAAAAACUUUACAUCUCGCGAAAUAUCUCUUAAUGGACAAAAGUUUGAAGUAAUAAGGACAUCUAAUCCUAAUUUGAUCCCGAGAGGAGCAAUUACAGCUGAUAGUUCAAACAUAGCUAAAACUAUUGCCGCAAAUCAGGAAACCGAAACGCCAAAUCCAAUAUCAUUCGAUGACUUGACUAAGGACGUUUUACCGCCUGGCGCGAAUUACGAACUUAUCAAACAAUCAGAUAACGGAAAACUAGAAGAAGUUUCUAACAUUCAGAAUUCUAUACAAGGUAAAAAGAAAGUUACUUUUGUAUUCCUUGAAGAGCAAGACGAUGGCUCAUACAAAGUGAAAGGUGUUAAAGCAAACGGACAACAAACUGAGGAAGGUCCAGAAGUGGAAAGCAUUAUUAACAAAAUAAAGAAAGGUGAAAUACAAUUACCUGGACCUACAAAGAUUUCUAAUGCAGCGUUCACGUCAACAACUACACCUGCGCCAAUUCCUACUACUGAGUACACAGAAGGACCGCCACGGAGUCCCUCGAGUUAUAGCAGCUUUAUAACAACAACUAAUUACGGAACUUUGGGUCAUACUAAUCCGGUAGUCCAUACUACUCCAAGCACCGUUACAUACCGGAAUACCGAAGCACCAAUAAGAACAACACAACACCAAACUCAAUCAUAUCCUUCCUUGCCACCACGGACCACCACAGAACGAUUCCCAGUAAGAUCAUCAACUCCUCGGUACAUAUUAAAUAGAAGCAAUAACCAAGACUUGACACCAAGAGCGUCUUUCCCAAGUACUACAGUUAUUAACAGCACGCCAGCCUAUAGAACUACGACUGAUCCCUUAGUGGUUAUAGGAAGUAGUGCAGCACCACCAACUGAAGAAGCAAAAUCAUUUCCUGCAUAUAAUGCUAACCCCGGUAACAUUAAUCCCGGACUCGUAGACAUACUUAAGGAGAACGGACUCUUCGCGACAGCCAAAUACCUGAGACAAUCUGGGUUAGACACGAUUUUAAAUGAAACAGGACCGUACACUAUCUUCGCACCUACGGAUAAAGCAUUCAGGACAUUAUUAGUCCAACUUGGUGGUCCAGAUCGUGCUGAAGAGAAAUUCAGGGAUAACCCGAGAUUGCUAAGCGGGCUUCUUCUUCAUCACGUAAUCCCUGGUGCGUUCGAUAUCGCGUCCUUACAAGAUGAGAUGACAGGAGUCUCCCUCGCUGGCACACAGCUGCGGGUCAACCAGUACGACAUGCACGAUGUAGAGUGGAACGAAGUCCGCGUCACCACUAUUAACGGCGCUAGAGUACUUGACGACAAGAAAGACAUUAAUAUACCACAGGGCAUAGCGCACGCCGUAGACAGAGUAAUGUUCCCUCUACCGGUAGGUGACCUGGUGCAGACACUGCAGGCGGACAGGGACCGCCGCUUCACCAUCUUCCUCAAGGCAGUACAAGCCAGCGGUUUCGCCGACACAUUGUCAGAAAGUAAAACGUACACGGUGUUCGCGCCAACGGACACGGCGUUCGGUCGUCUGACGCCGAGCGAGCUAACUCGUUUCGCGGAGAAGGGCGCGGCCCGGGCGCUGGUGGCGCGGCACGUGCUGCCCGGCACGCUGUACAGCGCGGGCAUGCGGUACUACCAACUACGCAACUCUAUGGAGGACGCUAAACCACUCACGCUGCAGAAGAACUCAGGUCGUAUCAAAGUGAACAACGCUCAAGUAAUCACACACAACAUCCCGGCCACCAAUGGCGUCAUCCACGCAAUCGACAACAUAUUGUGAACACACGCGGCUGUCACAAUUACCCGCCAAAUUAGCUUCAGUGAAGCUCGGACGCCGACAUCUUGGAAUUAACUUUUUAAUUUCUCGGCUUCGCUGACUGCCUUUGUACAGCCACUAACGUUUUGUCUAUGAAAAUUGUUUUAAGACUGUAAAUAUAAAAUUAGGCUAAGAUAAUAAUUUAUACUGCGUUUUUAACUUGUAAAUAAAAUUAUUGACAUACUAAA